ACUGCAUCGUGUUGUGCGCGCGUGCAUUAGAUUAUAAGUUGUUGCUUGUCCGUGCGCAGCGUGUUACAGCAGCCGCCGCGGCGGCUGCAGCGCCGGUGGCGACGACGACGACGCUCUGGGGGGAUAUCCGAGCGUGAAAUGGCGGAGCAGCUCGAGGCUCAGCCAUCGCAACAGCCGCAACAGCAGCUACUUCGGAGUAGCACCAGGGAACAACAACUCCAUGCACAGCCAUCUUCGCCGGGACAGCAUCAGCAGCAGCAGUCAUUGUCGACAGCGACGACGACGACGACGACAGCUAGUGUGAAACUACCAGAGAGGACCGAGACCUGCAACUCUACUAACGUCACUGGUACCACCACCACCUCCACCAACGCUAGUGGUAGUAGCUGUAGUAGUACUGGUGCAACAACAACAACCGGCGGCAGCAGUAACAUCAGUAUUACAGCCGGGGCAAUGGUAUCGAACGGGGUUGGAAGUGGCAGCGGAGGAGGCGGUGGCAAGGGUUCGGGCGACGAUGCUGAUAGCCUCGAGGAGAUGCCUCUUGACAUCGGAGAACACUACCUUGUGCGCAGAUCCGACGACUCUUGGCAUCCAGCUGAAGUUAUCCAAACACGUUUCAAUGAAAUUGAAAAUCACUACGAAUAUUACGUCCACUACGAAGGUUAUAACAGAAGAUUAGAUGAAUGGGUUCCUAGAGACAGAAUAAUGAACAGCAGGUUUGAUAUGAGUGAUCGAUCUUGGAAGAAUGGCGACAAAAAUCCAUCCAUGGACUUGUUAGCCGAUUCGACAGAUAGAAAAAUAACCAGAAAUCAGAAAAGGAGGCAUGAUGAAAUCAAUCAUGUGCAAAAAACUUAUGCUGAAAUGGAUCCUACUACGGCAGCUUUAGAAAAGGAACAUGAAGCCAUCACAAAAGUCAAGUACAUUGAUAAAAUACAGAUAGGCAAAUAUGAAAUUGAUACGUGGUAUUUCAGUCCUUACCCAGAAGAGUAUGGAAAGCAGCCAAAAUUAUGGAUAUGCGAAUAUUGCCUUAAAUAUAUGAGAUUGGAAAAAACCUACAGAUAUCAUAUGAGUGAAUGCACACACAGACAGCCUGUUGGAAAAGAAAUUUACAGAAAAGGAACACUUAGUAUAUGGGAAGUUGAUGGUAGAGAGCACAAAGUGUACUGUCAAAAUCUCUGUCUACUGGCAAAAUUAUUUCUGGAUCACAAAACACUCUACUUCGAUGUAGAUCCCUUCCUCUUUUAUAUUUUAUGUGAAGUCGAUAAACAUGGCGCCCAUCUAGUUGGCUAUUUUUCAAAAGAAAAAGAGUCGCCUGACGGAAACAAUGUAGCAUGUAUUUUAACUUUACCACCUUUCCAGAGACAAGGAUAUGGAAAACUUUUGAUUGCCUUCAGUUACGAGCUAAGUAGGAUUGAAAAAGCUGUAGGUAGUCCAGAGAAACCCUUAAGUGAUUUAGGAAAACUGUCUUACAGAAGUUAUUGGAGUUGGAUUCUAUUGGAAAUCCUGAGAGAUUUCAGGGGCACUCUUAGCAUUAAAGAUCUAAGCACAAUGACCAGCAUUUCACAAACGGAUAUUAUCUCCACCUUACAAAGUAUGAACAUGGUGAAAUACUGGAAGGGGCAGCAUGUAAUCUGUGUGACACCAAAACUAGUUGAAGAGCAUAUUAAGAGCAGCCAAUAUAAAAAACCCAGGCUAACAGUAGAUUGUUCAGCUCUUAGAUGGGGUGCGCCUCCACGGAAAAACGUUAAACAGAGCAAAAAGUAAAAAAUUUACAAUGUCCUAC